AUGGCAGUCCUUAGACAGCUCGCCAUUCGCAUGUUAAUCAAGAAUCGCUCACAGAGAGCACGAACCAGCAGGCAGGACGCCCCGCAUGAGCAGGAGGAAGCCGGGGAGCCGCGAAGGGCAAGGCGGGUCCUUCCCCCCUUCCCUAAGACUUGCUGCCCUCCCCCGCCCUCCCAAAUCCCACUGCCCACCUCCUGCUCGAUGCCCUCCCCCGCCCUCCCAAAUCCCACUGCCCACCUCCUGCUCGAUGCCCUCCCCCGCCCUCCCAAAUCCCACUGCCCACCUCCUGCUCGAUGCCCUCCCCCGCCCUCCCAAAUCCCACUGCCCACCUCCUGCUCGAUGCCCUCCCCCGCCCUCCCAAAUCCCACUGCCCACCUCCUGCUCGAUGCCCUCCCCCGCCCUCCCAAAUCCCACUGCCCACCUCCUGCUCGAUGCCCUCCCCCGCCCUCCCAAAUCCCACUGCCCACCUCCUGCUCGAUGCCCUCCCCCGCCCUCCCAAAUCCCACUGCCCACCUCCUGCUCGAUGCCCUCCCCCGCCCUCCCAAAUCCCACUGCCCACCUCCUGCUCGAUGCCCUCCCCCGCCCUCCCAAAUCCCACUGCCCACCUCCUGCUCGAUGCCCUCCCCCGCCCUCCCAAAUCCCACUGCCCACCUCCUGCUCGAUGCCCUCCCCCGCCCUCCCAAAUCCCACUGCCUACCUCCUGCUUGA